AUGAGUACUAGUAGUGAUGUUGUAUUUGGUAAUGGAUCAUUAGUUUGCGAGAUAUUAAGCAGACUACCUGUUGAUUCACUUCAAAGCUGCAAGUGCGUAUGCCGAAGUUGGCGAUCAUUAAUAAUCCGUAAGGACCCAUACUUCAUUGCAUUACACUUCAUCCGAUCAAGAGCGCGACGCCAUUUACAUAGUCUUGAUAAUAGUACUGGUAACGAUGGUGAUAUUUCCAUUCUUAUCGAGAAGUCAUUUGGGGGGCCUUUGCUCUCAGCGGAACUGCACCUGUGUCAAGGAAGACAGGGAGAAUUACAAGGAAGAGCAAUUGUUCAGGGGGAAAUUAUGCGGCCUCGAGCUUCUCGAGGCGGGUAUGUAGUUGGUAUUCUCAAUGGUUUAAUUUGUUCAGUAAACGAUGAAACAAAUCGUACAUGCAUAUGGAAUCCUAGCACCGGAGAAUCAACACCUUGGAUUUAUUCAGCAAUUGCACAACAAAAAACUCAACAUCAAACUGAGACAGUACAAUUAAAUAGUUCUUGUCGUUGGUAUUCUUUCGGGUAUGAUCAUGCUACCAAGGAGCACAAAGUGACGAUUGGCGGCGGCAGACAACAACAAGACCCAAAAUGGAGAAAGAUAGAUGACGUCUCACUCCCACCGGGUAUGGCACCGUCUAAUCUUGGUGAACAUCUUUAUGCAAGUGGUUCUAUAUAUUGGCUGCACAAGGGAAACAGCCCUACUGAUGAAUCUUCCAUUCUGGAAUUCAAUGUUGGCAGUGAAAAGUUUAGGCAAAUUUCUGUUCCUAGUUCCGUUGUGGAAUCUCAUCAUACUCCUUUUUUAGUCGAAGCCGAUGGCCGUCCAGCCAUGCUAGCUCCGGAUACAGGUGUCAUCAAAACGUCCAUGAAGAUGUUUAUACUAUAUGAUGACCAGGAUCAAGCCAAGAAAAUGAAGAAUACUAGUAGUGCAACAUGCACUGGCUGCAGCAGGUCUGCGGGUACGACGUGUAUUCACUAUAUGGAAGAGACAUUAUUACUGCCUGCAAAAUAUCGGGUUUUUGCUAUUAUAACUGGAGGAGGAAGGUUUUUUGUUCUAGUACUUGGUUCGAAGCAGAUGGAGUUUCCAGUAUCAGUUCUUGAACCACAAGAUGCUGGAUACACAAAAACAGUAGAAACUAAAAUGCCCAUAAUCCCACAAAAUCCUGAUUCCGAGAUAGAGAAAUUAAACUCAAGAACAUAA